GAAUCAGCCAAUGCAGCUCUUUUGGAAAAGCUGGAGGAUGAAAUACGUGAAGAUUACCUCUUCAGCGUUAAGAAGGCUAUUGUGGAUUUUGUGCUUCGAGAAUCAGCUGAUAAGCUCCCAUCAAUGACCGAAAAACAGAAGAUUUGUGACAUGACAGACGAUGAAUGCAAACCACCUGAACAUAGAAAAGAAUUGGAAAUCGUUCCCAAACCAUGGCACUCAUCAUUUGUUGCUGCGCACAGAUUUUGUCAACGACACUUAUUUGUUACAAAUGCUUGCAUGUUACAGGUUUUGGACCUAUGGCACACAAGUUUUGCGAAUUUGCGUCUCAUUGACAUUGAGGAGCUCUAUUCAAAACCGUCAGCCAUUGAAUUGACAGCUUUUCAGCAAAUAUGUACAAAGCACAUUGAAGCCGCUAAGGAGCGUUUGUUGAAGAAAUGGCUAAAUGAAGUACAGAACAUAUUUUACCAGGGCAAUAAAAAGAAACUGAUCCCGAACAACGAUGAUUCUGGGAAACUCGAGGCUUACUAUCGUUGCGCNAGGAUUGGCUUCAAUGCUCGACUAUAA